AUGGAUUGUACAAAUGACUAGAAAGUAGAUCUAUCUGAGAUUUUUGCUCAAGUUAAAGAUAUUGAUGAAUAAAUAUUUAGAGACAUGUUUUAAUUCUUAAGAAAAGAAAAAAUCUCAAGUUGCCUUGGAUAUCUUCAGCUAAUUGAGAAUCAACAAUCAAUUGAAUAAUAUAUUUUAAAUAUAGACAGUUUAUCAUUUGAGGAUAUUGAAAAGAAGCAAAAUGUUAUUAGAAAAAAUAUUAAAAAAAUAACAAAUGUUCUCGAAUAAAUUAAGGAUCAUGACUUUUCUAAAUAUGGUGUUUCAUCUAGAAAAGACUAAGAAAUUAACAAAGAUAUCAUUAAGCAAAUGGCAGAGAAUAACAAGAUAAUUUAAUUUUUAAAAUUUUUAGUUCAUCUAACAUCCAUAGAUGAACAUUUCAUAGUAAGUGGAUCCAAUUCUUUGAGAUUGCUAAUCGAAAUGAAAAUUGAUCUAACAAACGAAUGUUUUUCAAAUAUAAAGAUUAAGGAUAUCUCUUUAAUAGGAAGUAAUUUUACAAAAUGUAAUUUAAGUGGAUCAGAAUUCAAUAAUAUAGAAAUUAGUGGAAUCAACUUAAAUCAAGCUUAACUAUUUAAUUGUUAAUGGAGGGACUUGAAAAUAGAUUAAUUCAAAAAAUUGGUUGGACAUAGUGAUUAAGUUACGUCAGUUUGCUAUUCUCCUGAUGGGUCGACAAUAGCAUCUGGCAGUAGAGAUAAUUCUAUUCGGUUAUGGGAUGCUAAGAAAGGAUAACCAAAAGCCAUAUUGUAAGGCCAUAGUGGUUGGGUAAAAUCAGUCUGCUUCUCUCCUGAUAAUGGUACUUUAGCAUCUGGUAGUUAUGAUAACACAAUCCUUUUAUGGUGUGUUAAGACAGGAUUAUAAAUAGCAAAAUUGAAUGGUCAUACUAGUAAUGUCUGGUCGAUAUGCUUCUCACCUGAUGGUACUACUUUAGCCUCUGGUAGUGAUGAUAGGUCUGUCCGUUUAUGGAAUGUUAAGUUAGGAUAAUAGAAAGCUUAAUUGGAUGGUCAUUCAUUUGGAGUCUGGUCAGUUUGCUUUUCUUCUGAUGGUACAACAUUAGCAUCUGGAAGUCGAGAUAAGUCUAUAUGUUUAUGGGAUAUUAAGACUGGAAAAUAAAAAGCCAGAUUCAAUGGUCAUAGUGAAUGGGUAUAAUCAGUAUGCUUUUCUCCAGAUGGUACUAAAUUAGCAUCUGGUAGCAGCGAUAAGUCUAUCCGUUUAUGGGAUCUUAAGACUGGACAAUAAAAAGCCAAAUUGAGUGGACAUACUAGUUAUGUCAACUCAAUAUGCUUCUCUCUUGAUGGUGAUACUUUAGCAUCUGGUAGUCACGAUAAGUCUAUCCAUUUAUGGUCAAUUAAGACAGGAUAAUAAACAGCUAAAUUGAAUUGUCAUAAUAGUAAUGUCUAUUCAGUAUGCUUCUCUCCUGAUGGUUCUACAUUAGCAUCGGGCAGCGAUGAUAAGUUCGUCCGUUUGUGGAAUGUUAAAGCAGAAUAUGAAAAAGCUAAAUUGGAUGGUCAUACGAACAUUGUCUACUCAGUGUCCUUUUCUCCUGAUAGUAAAACAUUAGCAUCUUGUAGUGCAGAUAACUCUAUCUGUUUAUGGGAUGUUAAGACUGGAUAUUAAAAAGCCAAAUUUGAUGGUCAUAGCGAUUCAGUUUAAUCAGUCUGCUUUUCUCCUGAUUGUACUACAUUAGCAUCUGGUAGUUGUGAUAACUCUAUCCUUUUAUGGGAUAUCAAGACAAGAUAAUUAAAAGCAAAAUUUGAAGGUCAUAAUAAGAAAAUCUAAUCAGUAUGCUUCUGUCCUUAUGGUAGUACACUAGUAUCUGGGAGCCUUGAUAAGUCUAUCCUUUUAUGGGAUCUUAAGACUGGACAAUAAAAAGCCAAAUUGGAUGGUCAUACCAAUGGAAUUCUAUCAGUAUGCUUCUCUACUGAUGGUACUACUGUAGCAUCUGGUAGUUGUGACAAGUCUAUUCGUUUAUGGGAUAUAAAGACCAGAAAGAAAAAAGCUAAAUUAGAAGGUCAUAAAGGUGGAAUCAACUCAAUAUGUUUCUCUCCUGAUGGUUCUACAUUAGUAUCUGGGAGCGUUGAUAAAUCUAUCCGUUUAUGGAAUGUUAGAAAAGCACAAUAAAAAAAAAAAAUUAAUGGUCAUAGUAGUUCUGUUUAUACAGUAUGUUUUUCUCCUGAUGGUACAACAAUAGCAUCUGGGAGCCUUGAUAAGUCUAUCCGUUUAUGGGAUCUUAAGACUGGGCAAUAAAAAGCCAUUUUGGAUGGACACAUUGAUGGGAUCCAAUCAGUAAGCUUCUCUCCUGAUGGAAUGAUAUUGGCAUCUGGCAGUGCAGAUAUGUCAAUUUGUUUAUGGUAUGUUAAAACAGAAAAAGAAAUUUAGCCCUCUCAUCAAGAUAUUUUUACAUAAUUUACACCUUUGCUAUAUUAAGAAAAAUCCCUAACAUUAAAAGGUAUUUAUUUUUUAUUGAUUCAGUCAACCCAUAAAUUCCUAUUCUUGUUAUUGGCAAAAAUCCUUGUUUGUUAGCAAAUGGAGCCUUAAUACAAUAAGGAAAAUUUUUAACUUCAGAGGGAGAAGAUUUAAGAGCAUUUUUAAAAGAUAGAGGGAGCGUUAUUUUGGAAAGUUAAUUGUGAU